AUGUCAUCCCAAUUCGGCCGCGAGGCCAUCGAGAUCAAGACGCCCCGGGUCCUCAUCCGCACCGGCGUGGCCUCCGACGCCGCCGCCUACUCGCGGUACGCAACCUCGCCCGCCAACUUUCCCUACGGCGGGUGCGAGCCCUCCAUGACGCCCGGCAAGGCCGCGGAGCGCAUCGCCCUCUUUGCGCGGCGGACCGCCGACGGCAGGUUCGCCUGCGUGCUCUUCUUCUCGCGCGCGACCGGCGACCUCGUCGGCUACGGCGGCUACAACUGCUUCGAGGUCGUCGACGACGCCGCGCUGUUCCUCGCCGCCGGCACCGGCGGCGACCCCGACGGGAAGAUGAAGGAGAGGAGCGCGGUGAUGGCGGACGUGGGCAUCAUGCUGGACCGCCGCUUCUGGGGCCAGGGCUACGGGCUGGAGAUUCUGAUUGGGCUGGUCGAGGGGGCGAGGCGGGAGGUCGGGGCAGAGCUGUACCGCACGGAGACGGAUCCGGAGAAUAAAGAGUACAGGGCGCUGAUGGAGCGCGCGCAGCUGGGCGGCUGCGUGAGCGGCGAGAGGGCGAGCUACGAUGAGCAGAAGGAGGUGCUGCAGUGGAGAUGGGACGCAAGGGCGUGGGAGGAGGCCAAGAGGAAGAUUCAGGACAAGGGGCGAUGGGUUGAUAUCGAGUAG